CCUCCCACACAACCCCAUGCCAUGGCCUUAGCCACCGCCGCCGCCUCGCCGGCGACCGCCUCUACAUCUUUCCCGUCUCUCACGCCGCUCCUGCAGUGCCACUUACCACGCAGCCGCCGGAAAGCCACGACCUUUGCCUUCGCCCGGCGCUUCCGCGGCGCAAACCCUAGCCCCUUCCGCUCCGGCAGCAAGCCCGCCGCCCCCGCCCCCGUCCCCACCCCCGUCCUCGCCCCCGGAGACGACCUGGGAGCCCUAGAGGCAGAGCUCUGGCGUCUCCGCCGCCGCGUAGAGCUGCGUCUCCAGCGCCUCGCCGCGGAGGCCGACGAGGCCUACGGCGACCUCCGCUCCUCCGUCCGCGACGUCGGCGGGGACCGCGUGGUCCUCACCUUCCGCCGCUCGUCGCUACGCUUCGCCGCCUCCGCCCUGCUCUGGUCCCUCGCCCUCUCCGCCGCAGCGUGGGCGCUGCUGGGGCUGGUCUUUCGGGCCUGGCGCCAGCUAUGGGGCCGGAGCUGGUGGGAUGGGCCGGAGGGCGAACCUGUGGUGACGAAAAGGGACCGGAGCUUGGGAGGGAAGGAGGUGGUGGUUGCUAAGUCGUCGCCCGUGCUACCUCCGGCCAGCCGCGUCCAGGAGCCAGCAAGGAAGGUCAGGAGGAGGGAGCCACAGGCAAGGCUCCCAGAAUGGUGGCCGGAGAUGGGAACGGAGGUGGUGGACCUGGGGCAGGAAGCGGACAAGUGGACGAGAUUGGCCAAUAGAUUGGUCCGAGCAAUCAUUGACAAUAGGAUUGCAGGGAGGGAUUAUAGAUAUGACGAUGCAAUUCAACUAAGGCAGUUGUGCAAAAUAUCAGGUGUUAACGUCUCAUUUGACACAGAGAAUGCACGUGAUUCUUUCUAUAGGGCAACAACAGGCUUUGUUCUUGAUGAUUGCAGCAGAACAGCAGAAGACAUGGGAGUGGCACAAAUCAAUGGAGAGAAUCCAAGAAAUUUUCUCGCUGGUCUUGCUAUUAGUAUUGGGCUGGAUAAGUUCCGUGCUGCCACACUUAUUUGUGCAUCAGUUGCUGCUCGCACUCGAGCAUGCCUCUUGCAAUGCUGGGCUUUGGAGAUUCAGGGAAAAAGAACAGAGGCACUAGAUGAGCUUGUGAAGAUCUGUAGAAUUCAUAAUGUAUUCCCUCCAGAAGAAAAUUCGGCAGAAAUGGAAAUGGUUGCUGGUGGACUAAAAAAGAACUUGGAAGUUUCAGAGAGGGUUCACCUUCUAUCUCUAUACAGGAGCGUUUGCACUGCUGGUAAUGUCAAAACCGCUGCAGAAGCUCUUGGCCUGAGCUUGCGGGAUCAGUGAGAAGACAUAUGCAGUAGAAGCAUUCAUUUUGGCCAUGAUUUUUUUAUAGUUCCAACUACCCGUCGACACAACCCAGUAACAUUUUAAGGCUUAUUACUGCUGAAAUAUUCAUACCUGAAGCUUCUGGCAUCCUCAGUUUUUUCAGAAGUUGCAGAAUGCUGCUAGCACAAAAACCAGACAAGACAAACCACCAAGAGCAUCUAAUUUUGAUUCACUGCGGGGGCAAUGAAGAUAAAUAAGGUGAAUGUAACGUAGGGCAUAACACAUAGAAAAGCCCUUUUUACCCACGGGGUUUUUCCCGUUUGCAAAAUUGUAUGAAAUCAUGUACUCUAGUUAGUUUCCUUUGUUACAGGGGUAUAACCAAUUGGCACAUUAGAUAUAUUACGUUCUUUCUGGAACCUACAUUUUUUGGAUGGUUAAAACUUAAAACCGGUUCAUGAGGA